AUGGCCGAAAAUGCAGAGCUUCGACGAGACCUUAUGCGUGCACAGAGGACCAGUCUCCAACUUCUUGACACGCAAAAGGAAUCGACUGAGCGCAUCCGUGAGCUCCAAGACAGCAACUACGGCCUGCAAGAGGAAGUCGCAAAUAUGCGUGCCCAGCUUUCGUUUGCCACUGGGAACAUCAUCAAUGAAAUACAAGACAAGGUCGAUGCUGCAACAUCCGCAGGCUGUACCAUACGGGCUCUUAAGCAGCAAAUCACUGAACAAACCGAGACAAUCGAGAAGUUGAAGAUCCAGAAAAGGAAGGCAGUCACAGAGCUCAGUCAAGUUAAACUCCAGAUGAAGAAAAAGAAAACGUCCUCCAAAUCAACAAAGUCAGAGAAGAAGAAGAAGUCUGGGAAACCUAGCGCAUCUUCCGACGCCAAUGCAGCUGUUGCUCCCUCUCUGAUCCCUGCCCCUGGCCAGGCCCCAUCUCUUGUACCGUCAGCCCAAGCAUUGGUUGGAAAGGAGUUGGUUGAAGAUGUUAUGCGCGAUCGCGUGAUCCGUGAUGCGCAUCUCACUUCUGAAGUCGAGGUUCAGUUUCAAGAGGCUCUUUUGAAGGCCAACGUCGAGAGGAACCUGCGCGGUUUCAUUGAUCGAGGCAAGACUGGUUGUUACUACUGUUUUCACGAGGUUUGCGAGAAGGGACCUGAUGCCUGGGUUGAGCAGCGCUGGUCUAGUGGUGGAUGCAAGCUCGGGAGCGACAAAUGCAACUUCUUGGUCAAGGCGGUCAGUGUUGGGUUUCAUAGGAAGCUGCAGAUCUACAAUCCUGCCGUGCUUUAUGGUUUCUGA